CACCACACGGAAGCACCUAGCCCAUCAUUGCUACCCCCAUCAGCUUUACCAUUAGAUGUAUUAAACAAUGCCGUUGCUGGAUUUAGUACUGUGGAAGAACUUAUCCGGUACCUUGAACCAGAUCGGUGGCAACUGGAUUUGGAAGAUUUGUACAGGCCAACGUGGCAACUUCUUGGAAAGGCAUAUAUUCAUGGGAGGAAAUCAAGAGUGGUUGAUCUCAACCUCCUAAAGGAGGAGGUGCGGCUGUACAGCUGUACUCCUCGCAACUUCUCCGUGUCACUGAGGGAGGAGCUGAAGCGAACUGACACCAUCUUCUGGCCAUUGUGUCUUCUGGUUAAACGUUGUGGUGGAAACUGUGCCUGUUGUCAUCAGAGUUGCAAUGAGUGCCAAUGCGUACCAACAAAAGUCACCAAAAAAUACCAUGAGGUUCUUCAGCUAAAGCCAAGGAUUGGCAUCCGGGGUUUGCAUAAAUCAUUGACAGAUGUACCCUUGGAACACCACGAGGAGUGUGACUGUGUGUGCAAAGGGAAUACUGAAGGAUAGACACGAUUUAAUUGUGCUGUUUUCUUUCAAAGCACAUUCAGUCAAUGGCAGAUUCUAUUAUGGGGCUUGUGCAUUAUCUCCUUCUGUAAUCUCAGUUGUUUGCUUUGGGGAUCUUCCAUCUUCAAGAUUUACAGUGAGCUCUAAAGAGAGGAGAAGCCAAACUGGGAUUAUACGUUGUGUGACAGCUCUGUUUGGAGGCCCAGUGAAAGGAUGGGAGAAAGGCAUCAAUGAGGGAUUUAAAAUAUAUGUAUUGUUUUUAUCCCCCACAAUUUUCUUGACAAUACAUGGAUUUAUAAUUUAGGAGUAAAAAUAAAGUUAGAAGGCUCACAUCAUGGAGACUUGAUCCUGCUGGCUGUCUCAUUUCUACUGCUGCAGUACAUCUGGCCUCUGGUUGAAAACACCUGAAAUUUUUCUUUCUGUGUUCAACUACUCCUAUGUACUCUAAAUUGAAGCAUUCUCUGUUGUAUAAACUUGGUUUAAAACGGACUGUCUUGUUCUGAAUUAAACAUAAUUUGUCUAAAGCUAGUAGGAAGGACUGGAUUUUCCCAUAUGCUCUAGUAAAGCUCCUGCCUUUUAGAAAGAAGACUGGACAAUAACGUGAGCUAAGGAGGCAAACAUUGAAAGAACAGCGCCUUUAUUCUUACUAUUAAGGCUGAUGAUUUUUUGUUUGUUUGUUUAUUAUUUUUUAUUGUGUACAUUUUUAUACUCUUCUUUUGACAAUAUAACUAUUUGCUUUUCUAAACUUGUUAAAUAUAUCUAUUUUUACCAAAGGUAUUUAAUAUUCUUUUUU